UUGUUUGCUCCGAGACGCGUAAAGGCGUCCAGCUGGCACGCAGCUCCAGUCCGGUUUUGCGCUUUAUCUCGAUACUCGAUGGUUUAAAUGCGCGGUCGAUUUCGAAAAGAGGCAUGUUUGCGGAAGUGGCAGAUUAGCACGGAUCGCGUUAGCUAUCCCGCUUAAUCGCCGCGGUGCGCUAUAUGUGCCUCGAAGUACAGCUUAACCUAUCGACAUGCUUUGUGUACAUUAAUUUCUUUAACCAUUGUAAACUUAUGUUGGUGAAAACCGCCAGACAAGAUGACGGAAAAGCCGAGACGAGCUGGUUGAGAAACUCAAAAUGGCUUCCAACCUUUGUCGUCUCCGUGUUAGCGUUAGCCUUAUUUGGCUAGGUGGAGCAGUAGCAGCUUCACACUUUUCAUUGAGUUAAACUGAUAAAAUGUGCUGUCGGUGAGCAGAUCCAAGGCUUAAAAUUUGCCGGAGAGUGAGCAUGAACGGGUAGCGCGGUCAUAAUUCGUGUUAGUUGAUUGUGGACAGUUUUUACCCCUUGUUUUACAAGUAACUACAGCCAUUUUCCCCGGCAGUGAAGCUAGCUAGCUGGUUGUUGUCCACGUCAGGGCGGUGGGGGAGGGGAGGCGAGUCGGAGCGUUGUACUGAUUUGUGAACGAACCGAUUCUUUUGACCAAUUCAGUCGAAACGCUUUAUAAGACUGAUUCUUCUAAUGCAGCGCUAGUAUUUAUCACGAAUACCCAUUUUGAAUUUGCUUACCUUCUCUCUCUGAAUAGAGGUGGGCGAUAUGACCAAAUGUAAUAUCACGAUACUUCAGGAGUUUUAAUCAUGCAUGAUAUGCUGUGAUAAUUGAUUGUGUUUGCCAUCUCUUCAGUUAGGUCAAAAUAGUGCCACAUUUUAAAAUGACUAAAAAAAAUAUAAAAAAAUAUUAAUCCAAUUACGUGUAUUCAACGUUUCUCACACGAAAUCCAAUUUAAACAGGACUAUUAUUUGUUUAAAUAUGCAGUUGGAAAGUGAUUUGUAAGUACUAACAAUAACCAAGAUAUGUUCAAUAUAAUUUAUCAUGGUAACAGCUAAAUAUAGUCGUUUUGCUUAGCUUUAGCUUUGACCGUGCGACUCACUCCCUGGAUUGAUAUUCACUGCAUGUGGAGUAAACGAGAAUACGUUGACUUGAGUGUUUAACCAGUGAAUCAUUGAAUCAACCGUUCGAUUCUUUCAAAUGCAGACGAGUCGGUUCGGUGAACUGAAUCGGGCUUUCCAUCGCUAGCCUGCCGGUCUGCCCGGGGUGGAGCCUUUGGGCUCUAGUACGCUAGAACCAGAGGAGAGGGAGGACAAAAUGCUGAUGAAAUGCUCGCUUUCUCCACUGCGUGAAGUCUGACAUAGUUAUUUGUAAAGCUCAAGACAUACACUGUGGCAUAUUAAGUGGUCAGUUAUUUGGCAACCCAACGUGGUUCUUAGUUCACUCUCCCCGGCAGGCAGGUUUGCCACAUAUACCUAAUCUUGCAUGAUCUGCCUAUAUGGGCUAAUUAGUCUUAAACAUAAUACACAUAAUCACUGGUCAUUUUUUUCCACUUAUUGUAGAAAGUUGCGUUUUCCUUCUUUUGCUUUUUAAAUAUUCCCAUUAUUCCCAAACACUUUGUUCAGUCCCUAGUCCACAUAUGGAAAUGAAAUAGAAAAAGAGCUUGUUUGAAUGAAUUAUUUUUUUGUUAUGUCGUGAAAAUCAGCGCAUUUCCAUGUAUUUGGCCUACAGUAGUUUAACCCCACUGGUUCAUGCUGAAGUUAUGUGUUUCAGCCUGGACUGCUUUUGGAAUGGGGCACGGUACAGGCCAACCAGUCAGAACAUAGCUCAUUUACAUAUGGUGCUGGGAUGUCACUCAUGCUGCAGGAUCGACAUGUUCUCCAAAGGCACCAAGCGCAAGUUUUCCGACGACGGAGAUGAGAUUUCGGACGAAAGCCUGGCUGGUGCUCAGGUGUCAUCAUCAUAUAGUCUGCAGCGACAGUCACUGCUGGACAUGUCCCUCAUCAAGCUGCAGCUGUGCCACAUGUUGGUGGAGCCGAACCUUUGCCGUUCGGUCCUCAUCGCAAACACGGUGCGGCAGAUCCAGGAGGAGAUGACUCAUGAUGGCACUUGGCAGGUGGUCACGGAGACCUUCUGUGGUGGCAGCCAAAGCCCGUCUGAACGCCUGGUGGCAACUGAGGUGCUCUGCCGGUCGCGGGAGCAGGAUGCUGAGCCAAAGCUCUUCUCGGUCCUCAGCUAUGAAGGGUGCCGCGAAGAGGAGGUGGUGACAGACGAAACCUUGUGUUCUGUCUCAGUCAGUGACACGGCCUCCGAUGUUUGUCUCUCAGAGAGCGCUCGGCAUUGCUGGGAAAGGGACGAGUUUGUAGAAGUAGACAGAGAUGAUGAGGCCUGCGAAAGCUCUAGGCUUGGUCCAGGAGAUGACGACGAUGAUGACGACAAUGACGAUGAUGAAGUUGAUGAAGAGGAGGAGAGUUCCAGGGUGGAUCCAAAGACCAUGGGGCAGGUUUUUGGAACCUUUGAGAUCAAGAACAGUGCCCCAGGUCCGGACUCCGCUCUCGAAGAGCUGUUCUCAGAUGUAGAUGCCUCUUACUAUGACCUUGAUACCAUGCUCACGGGAAUUCAGAGUGCUCCUAAGAUGGGUCCCUAUGACCUGCUGGACAGUUUAGCCCCUUCUCAUGGGCCCCCUUCCAUAGGCUCACCCUCAAACUGUCGCUCUGAUCUCAAUGAACUGGACCACAUCAUGGAGAUCAUUGUUGGUUCUUAGACAAGAACCUGUCCAGUGACUUGUAUACUUCUCUUAAAUGUUACCUGCUUUUCUGCCCCUUAUGGAAAGCAAGUUAAAUCUGCGGUCCUUUCAGGGAAAGGAGUCUGUGUCUUGUAAAGGAUGGCCUUGAUUUUAUGAGCUGACCAUAGUUAUCUUAUUUGCAUACCCUUUGUAUGUUUUUAAAAGUUUUCUUUCUGUAUUUGUCUGUCCAGACAUGCUUUUUUUUUUUUUUUUUUUAAUAUUUAUUUCUUGCAUUCAUUAACACUACAUGAACAGCAGAACAAGGUGUAUACAAAAGUGUAAAAGAUAUUUUCAUAAAAAGAUGAAAUUGUCUAAAAUAUGUAUAUAAAUAUAUAUAUAUUUUACUAUAGAUACUGCUUGUUAACUGUUACUGUACACUCUCGGUUUUGAUCUUUUGUUUUUAAAUUGACAGAUCAGAUAUCAGCGUCUUAUGUUUUGUAGUGGUCUUCCACUUACUGGAAUGGAUGAAGGUGAAGAACUUUUAUUCAUUUCAAGAUUCAGAAAUGGCAGUAAGGAUACCGUGAUGCAUGACUUAUUUCUGUUUUCUUUGCGGUGCAUUUUGGCACCCAGCAUUUUUUUUUCCCUCAGUAUUUUGGCAAUAGACUGUCGGUCAGCUCAACUGCAGCUUUUGUUUUGCUAUUAGAAGUCAAAGUAUUCAUAUAUUUGUCUUAUCAACAAAUGAAGAAUAAUGGGGGCCAGCCCAUUCUAUAUUAUGACUUUUAAUUUAUUUUAUUUAUUUGCUGCAAAUUUACAUGUUGAGUGUUGGCUUUGGUCAAACUCAGGGCAGGAGAGGCUUUUCAACUAUCGGACUCCAUGGGCCUGAUUUACCCAAACCUUUAGCACCUGCUAAAUUUUUAACAGUUGGAAAACCAGUAACAUGACUCGUGAUUGCCUAUUUUAUCUGGGAUGCACUUGUCAUUAGUUUAAUUACUGGUUGAUUGUUUGACACAUUUAAGGCUUUAAUAAACCUGGUUUUGAGUCAUUUGGUCUGCAUUAAGACAGAAAAAUAAGUGUUUUAACAUUUAAUUGAUGUACAUUUGAUCUUUUAGAGGUCGUAAAAUAAUGGCAUGAAAUCUCAUUCAGUCAAAGCUUUUCACUUCGAAUUUAGACCACCCUUUUAUACAAACUCAGAAGCAAGCAGUCGCAUUCCAGUAGUCACUCUGUCUGACAUGCAUCUAGUCGGGUAAAGGAUAAAACCAAUCUGUUGUGCAAGGUGCAGCCUGCUGUCAUAACGUAGCCUUUUAGGACCCUCAUGAUGAACUACACUGUUUCUCUGAUCCUAUGCAUUGAGUGUAGCAAUACACUUACUAUGCACAAAGUGAGCACACUUUUACAGUACAGUAUUUAAAUUGUAUUUUUAAUGGAGUCGUAAAGAGGACUAUGGUGAACAGUUGUCUUCCUGUUACAGAAAUUAUUUGAUCACGUCUGAAAGGAAAUCUUGCAUUCAGAACUGCUUUUGUGCGGGCAGUACAUUCAUUUGAGGGGAAGUCAUUGCCCUCUACCUUACAUCACGGUUUCAUUUUUAAGUAUGAUCUAAAUCUAGAGUAGAGUAUAAACAUUUUAUAUGUGCAUUGUAGCAUUUUUAUAACAUUUUUAAUAAAAGGUACAACUUAUUGUA